AUGGACGGGCCACUUAAAGACUUGUCCAAGCUCGAAAGGCUCACAGAGAAAGCCAAAGGGAAACCGUCGUCUAUCGAGAACUCUUUGGACUAUCUUCUCCAGUCUCUCCGAGAAGUAAAGGAUCGCAUCAACGCAGGGAGCGUUACAGAGGACACCUAUGUCCUUCUAGCACAAACCGUCGAAGCAAAGAAGAAGGAAAUAGACGAGAAGCAGAGGGAGAUUUACAAUGGAAUUGCGAGACUUGGGAAGGCCCUGGACAAGAAAUUCACUCAACCCCUUCCGACAUAUGAGCCUCUAUUUGCAUCGAAGGAUGCGCAAGCGGCUCUUGAGAGAACUAUUGCCCUGCAUUUUCUUCGCACCGGGCAGUUUUCAACAGCGGAGACAUUCAUUCAGGAGUGCAAGAUGGUCAUCGAACCUGAGCAACGAACCAAAUUCCAGGACUUGCACCGCAUAGUGUUGGCAUUAAAGAGACAGGAUAUAGGGCCUGCAUUAGAGUGGUCGCUGAAGAACCGCGAAUUUCUCCGGAAACGAUCGUCGCCGCUGGUGUUCUAUUUGCACCGUUCUCAAUUUGUCCGUCUCCUCUUGACAGAACCACCAGAUGCUGGCCCUGCCAUAUCGUACGCAAAUGCUACAUUGCGCAGCUUCUAUCCAGAGCACGCAACAGAGUUUCAGAGACUCAUGACUUCUGUUCUCGGUCUCCCUUACGCAGACUUGGCCUCAGACUCAGUGCAUACAGACCUCGAGCCACUUUUCGCUAAAGAAUACUGCACGAAUCUUGGCAUGAGUCGACAAGUACCACUGAGAGUCAUAGGUGAUAUUGGCGGUGGAGGUGCCCUAGCCAGAAUUGAGAAAGCUCGGACGGUGAUGAAAGAGCGUAAGAGUGAAUGGAGUCAGACCGACGAGCUGCCUGUCCCACCAGAGAACCGUUAUCAUUCCAUUUUUGCUUGCCCAGUAUCCAAGGAACAAUCCACUGAGCAGAACCCCCCGAUGAUGAUGACAUGUGGGACACGUCAUAACGAAGGAAACCGUGUCAAAUGUCCAUACUGCCCCACCGAGUCGACGCAGGCAAAUGCUCUGCGCGUUGUUUUCUAG